AUGACGGCCCUAGUCAUCACCUGGUGUCUGACUUUUCUCUUUUUGGGGAGUUCAGGUCAGAACACAUUAUUACGUCAGGAACGGACUUUUAAUUCUACAGAAGUGGGCAGCAACAUUACUCUUCCAUGUUUCUAUCAUCCGAAAAAUGCGGUGAUUAUUUACUGGUUUAAACAAACUGUGGGACAGAAACCGAACAUGUUUUCCAGUCAUUAUAGAUUGAAAAAUAAAGGUACCUUUCACGAUGAGUUCAAGGACAAUCCUCGCUUUGAACUAGCAGCGGGAAACGGUAAAAACCACCUUCGAAUCUCUGAUUUGCAACCUUCAGACUCGGCUACUUACUACUGCGUCGCUAUCGAUUCAAACACAUUCGAGUUCGGAGACGGAGCGACGGUCAUCGUAGAAGGUCCUGGUUCAAACAUUCACACUUUGGUCCAUCAGCCAGAAGGGUCUGUGACCCUGAACUGUUCUGUAGGCACUGGAAGCUGUGAAGGAGAGAACAAUUUUUACUGGUUCAAAGAGGCAAAAGAAUCUCAAGCAGGACUCAUUUACACUCCUGGAGGCAGAAAUGACGGAUGCCGUAAGACAAUGACGACAGCAGCACAAACCUGUGACUACAUUGUGCCACUGAUGAACCUCAAUGUGUUCGAUGACGGGGUUGUCAGCUGCGCCGUAGCCUCAUGUGGAUCUUUACUGUUUGAAGAUGGAGAAAACAUGGAGUCAGCAGGUGAGCUGAACUCCCCUGAACUUGUUGUACAUUUUCUGAGCGGAGCUCUGACAGUCACCGUCAUAUUGAGUGCUGUGAUGGCUUUCUCAAUAUGCAGGAUAAAGAAAACGAUCCGAUCUCAUUGCGCAGCAAAGACAGAUGCAGAACCAGCAGAAAGCCACACAGCAGAUGCUGAGGGUAACGAAGAUGAAGAGAACCUCCAAUAUUCUACGUUGAGGCAACACAGGUCGAACGGAUCAAGACGACAGAGAGACGACACAAGGAGUCAGUGUGUGUACGCGAGUGUAAAACAGGCCAAAUCCACACUUGCUGCAGCAACGCCAGAAAAUGCGUUAUAAAAUGUUUGUUGAAUGUGACGUGAAAGAAAUGUACAAACAAUAAUGGGGCUUUCGUACAUUUUUAUGAAUUUCCAAGAGCUGAUAUGUUUCUGUGGUGGCGCCUGUUAAGUCUGUACAGCUGAAACAAUGAGCUAAAGGGCUUUACAACG